CGCAUUGGAAAACAGCCGCGAUAAAGUACCGCGCAUGCGCAGCACAUAGGCCGCUGGUGAAUGUUGAGCGAUUUUAAACAUGUCUGUUGUUUUUGUGCCGAAGAGACAACGCGGGAAAGCGCAAAUCAACCAAGAAAUCAUCCAAAGACUGCUGAAUGAAAAUGACCAGCUUGUGAGGUGCAUCACAGAGUACAUGCAGAAGGGCAGAGCCAUUGAAUGUGUACAAUAUCAACAGAUCCUCCAUCGAAACAUAGUUUACCUCGGAACGAUAGCAGACGCCAGUCCUGACGCGCCUGCUCCUUGUGAAGACGCAGCGGCUGGCGUUGGCAGGAAGGACGUUUCUAAAACCUGACUUCAGAUCAUUUGGCUGAUACCAACGUGCUGUUUUGUUGUGAUCAAUCGACACCUCGUGACCAAUGUUCCAUAACGCUGUUUUUAUUGGAAGGUGGAGGAUCUUGCUAAGAAAGGGGUUAAAACACAUGCCAUUCUGUAACAUUUAUAGAAGGAGUCUCCCGUGGUGUCCAGGGGCGCUGAUGAAGGAAUGACUGUUUAUAGCUGCUGUAACAUAAGUGAGAGCGUGUUUUGUAGAUGUUCCAGAGCAACUAUAAAAGAAAAGCUGUACUCGGACGAAUAAAACACUCCAGGAUGGACCCUGUCAUGGUUUUACUUCGGCUAAAAAUAACCUGCUAAUUAAACUCCAGAGCCUUGUGCACACUAAA